UGUGCGCUGCGCGCGGCGCGGCUCGUCUUCGCUGAGUCGCUGUCCGCGGUGCUGAGAGGCUGAAGAGUCCUGUGAGAUGCACCAACUGUGACGGAGUAACACAGGAGCGAAAAUGAAGUCGAUCAUCAAUGCCUUAAAAAAGGAAGUGCCUUUCCGCGAGGCUCCAGCCUACUCCAAACGCCGCCGCGGUCAGUCUUCUGGCAACGGCAGUGGAAACGACCAGUCCCUCUCCUCGCUAUCAGCGCCAAGGGUCCUCCUGCGCUCCAACAGCGACAACAACCUAACGGUCAGUCAGUACCAGCAGCACGGUUCUCCCGGCAACUGGGCUCCUCAUCCGCAGCAGCACCAACACGCCCAGGCCCACCUGCACAGGGCCCCCCAGCAGGGUCACCCGCAGCCUGGCUCCUCAGCAUUACACCGCAGCCUGUCACCCCAGCUGCUCCAGCAGAUGCCCAGCGGCAGCCCCAAUGGCAACGUGGUGGUCCGGACCAUGGGGAGGGGGGCGAGGAGCCGGUCUCCCUCCCUCAGCCGGCUGGGGGAGAGGCCCGUCGGUCUCAGCGCCAGCCCUGGUGAGUCUCUGCAACACUCUUGUGAGAUUCUGGUGGUCAAAGAUCCCUGUGACCCUCGCUCGUGA